UCCACAACAACAACAACAACAACAACAACAACAACAACAACAACAACAACAUCACCACAAACAUCACCACCCAAAUCCCAACCCCUCCACCUAAGCGCCAACUUCGCCUCCCCGCAAUCCCACCAAAUCGACUACGACCAUGAAGUCUACCUGCGCCUGAUCGCCGGCGAGAACCCGAAGGACAGCACACAAAUCACGAAGACGCCGAAUCAGAUCUAUCGCGAGAAGCUCGUUCGGAGGCAAACGACUCGCGCCUUGGAUUUGGCGGUUCUGGAUCCGUCGGUGGGGCAGCAGAAUCCGAGUCCGGUGGAUUUGGAGUGGGCGGAGAGUCAGAGAGUGAGGGAU